AUGUCUGAUUCUGAUUCUGAUUUAGAAUUGCAACUCUCAUCACACGCUCUUGCAGCAUUACAGGAGUUCAGACAGGAGGAGGAGGAGAGACAAAAAGAAUUCGAGCGGAUGUACAACAAUGCGGAUGAAGAAUUUCAAACAAAGAAGAGGCAACAAGGUAUGGAACUCUUCAAGGAAGAUUGGCAAUUAUCACAAUUUUGGUAUAAUGAAGAAACUGCCAACACCUUGGCCAAAGCUCUACUUGAUGGUGCUGAUGAAGAUACAUGCAUUGCAGUUGUGAGCGCACCUUCCGUAUAUGCUGCCAUUUUGAAAUUAAAUGAUGAUGAGAUCCCAACUAAGCAUAUAUAUUUACUGGAGUUUGAUAAACGAUUUGAACUACUUGCAGGCACUGACAAGUUCCUCUUUUACGAUUAUUCUAAACCUUUAGACUUUGACUCUAAGCUGAAGGGAAAGGUUGACCGGUUAUUAAUUGACCCUCCUUUUCUCAACGAACAUUGUCAGACAAAUUCAUCUAUCACAGCGAAGGCUUUACUGGCCCCUAAAACUGAUACGAAAACAAAAUGUGGUGUUCUGAAGCAUCGCCUCAUCUCAUGUACUGGAGAAAGAAUGAGGGCAAUUAUCAAGAAAAACUAUCCUGAUACCGAGAUUACUACAUUUCUCCCUGAACAUAUGAAUGGCUUAAGCAACGAAUUUAGGUGCUAUGCUAACUUCGAAUGGGAUGGAUGGAGCUUUUCCAAGAAAGAUUAA